AUGCCACCUCGUCGAGCCCCGCAGCCUCCUCCUUCGUCUUCCGAUUCCACUUCAUCAUCGGAUUCAGAGUUAUCUGACAAGGCCCUUAAAAGCAUGAACGAUACAGAUGAUAGCAGCAGCUCUUCCAGCUCCUCAUCGUCUUCGUCCUCCGACUCGUCUUCAGAUUCAUCCUCUUCAGAAUCGUCUUCAGAUUCAUCGUCUUCGUCCUCUGACUCGUCUUCGGAUUCAUCCUCCUCAGAAUCGUCUUCAGAUUCAUCAGAUGAGUCAUCCUCUGAAGAUUCUUCUUCUGAGAAAACAUCCAAAAAAGACUCUUCCGAUGAUUCUUCAGAUGACGAAUCCUCCUCAGAAGGCUCUUCUUCAUCUUCUGAUGCUGACUCUGAAGAAGAAACAAAACCUCUUCAUAUUGAGCCCGCUCAAUCCUUCACACCAUCACCAUCGUCGUCGCCACCGCCAUCUGAAUUCACACUAUUUGUAGGUAACCUUCCAUACGAUGCUACAAAAGAGGCUCUUAUGGACCUCUUUUCGCCAUUUGGGCCAGUUCAAAGCGUUCGUUUGAUUACCGAUCAACGUACGGGCCGCUCUAAGGGCUUUGCUUAUGUCAUAUUUGCGACAGAAGAUUCUCUUGAUGCCGUUCUCAGCGAGAAUGCUUUAGAACUCUCCGGUCGAAGUCUCAAUAUAGACCGUGCCGCUUCGCGCCCUGCAUCUGACGCACAAAGAUUUCCAAGGGGUGCUUCGUCGGCACCGUCAUCUCCUGGGUCCUCAUCUCCACCGACUCCGACUCUUUUUGUUGGAAAUCUUUCCUUUUCUGUCAGCGAAUCGAUGUUGAAGGAUGCAUUUUCCUCGUACGGUGAAGUCAUAUCCUGCCGUAUUCCCACCAAUACUGAGGACGGCCGAUCUCGCGGCUAUGGGUUUGUUCAAUUUGCCGAUACGUCGUCGGCUGUCGCCGCGCACGCCGCCCCUCGCUUUGAAAUAGAGGGACGCUUUGUUAGACUUGACUUUGAUAAUCCAUCUUCAUCGCCACGAAAGCGCGAGUUUAAUACUCCUCAGGGAGGUAAUGGCCAUCGCGGUGGUAACCGUGGCGGAAAUCGCGGUGGAAACCGCGGCGGUCGUGCUUCUGCCGGCAGCCCUCCCCCCAGCAAGCACCAGCGCUACUUUGACUGA